GCGACGACGACGCUCGCAUUGUCUCUUCCGGUCACUGCUGUUCGCGACUUCGACGAUUUGAACCAUUGAAUGACACGAUAGAGGCCACUGAGAUACUCUACAAGCUUGCAGCUCAAAGUCGCCGCCGCAAAUAUGUCUACACCGUCCGGAUCGACACCUUCCCUGACUCCAAGUCGAUCCCCUUCACCAGAGCCGCCCGUUCAGCCUGCAUUCUUCUACAACGCAGAGGGAGAGCAGCCCGCACCGUCCCCGGAUGCCACCGGACGGCUGCUCUUUACGCCCGAAGACGAUCCGCUUGCGCAGCGCGGCAUUCCCGUAUUCAAGCCGUCCAUGGAGGAGUUCCAGGACUUCGAGCGCUACAUGGAGAGGAUCGAGUGCUGGGGGAACAGGAGUGGUAUUGUGAAGGUCAUUCCGCCCAAGGAUUGGUCCGACGCGCUGCCAUCCGUCGAGCCACAGCUCGCGAACGUGCGGAUUAUGUCCCCCAUCGAGCAGAACUUUCUUGGGGGGACAGGGCGCUUCAGGCAACAGAACAUUGAGAAGCGGAGAUCCAUGAGCGUGCGCGAAUGGGUCGAAUUAUGCAGCAAGGACGGCUAUCACGCGCCUUCUGCCUCGGAAGUGGGACUGCAUCACGCACCCGUAGCUGGCAAGGCGAAGCGGCGCGUGUCGCGUCGCGCGACGACGGAGACGGAGGCCACCGAUGUGAAGGAGGAAGACGAGGCGAUCAAUGUACCGGCUUCCCCUCCGAUCACCGACACGCAUGCCGCCGGAUCACCAAAGGAGGAGGACGAGGACACGAAGGCCAGCCGCCCGCAUCGGCGAAAGACCCACAAGCAGGUCGCCGAUGAGAAGGCCGUGAAGGACGUAGCCUUCAUGGCCAAGUUUAAGCCGCAUCAGGACUGGCUACCGUUCGGCAUGCAGCCGAGCGAUUACACGCCAGAGUAUUGCAAAGAACUCGAGCGUCAUUACUGGAGGAACUGCGGGAUGGGCAAGUCGCCGUGGUACGGUGCAGAUACCCAAGGCUCCCUAUUUACCCCCGAUACCACCGCAUGGAAUGUCUCCUGCCUACCCUCGUACCUCACUCGCCUACUCCCGUCCUCCUCGCAGGGCCUGCCAGGCGUCAAUACCCCUUACCUCUACUUUGGCAUGUGGCGAGCGACGUUUGCUUGGCACGUCGAAGAUAUGGACUUGUUCAGCAUCAAUUACAUCCACUUCGGCGCACCCAAGUUCUGGUAUGCCAUCCCUCAAGGCCGCGCCGGGGCCUUUGAGACUACCAUGCGAAACUUCUUCCCGAGAGAGCCGACGCAGUGCAGCCAAUUCCUGCGCCACAAGUCGUUCCUUGUGUCGCCCAAGAACCUUGCCUCAUACUCCUGUCGACCAAACACUCUCGUCCAGCACGCCGGCGAGUUCGUCAUCACCUACCCUCGAGGGUAUCACGCGGGGUUCAACCUGGGCCUGAACUGCGCCGAGAGCGUCAAUUUUGCGCUCGAGUCCUGGGUCAAGUUAGGCAGGAAGGCACGCGCAUGUAAUUGCGUCGGCGACAGCGUGCGCAUCGACGUCGAUCAGCUCCUGCAGGAUCGGGCCGCAGAGGACGCGGGGCAGGCACCGCAGGACGCUCCGAAUCGCAGCAGCCUGUCGACAGCCGCGAAGAAGGCGACGCAGGGCAAGAAGCGCAAGGCGCCGUCCCCCGCCAGCAAAGAUGCCGAGAUGCCCCGGGCGAAGAGGAUCAAGAUGAGGCCGCCGCACGCGGAGGCUGGCCCGUCGACUUCGGGCACGGUCGUCACUUCGGGCACGGUCGCAACUUCGGGCACAAUGGCAAUAAAGGGACAUCCCAAAUCGGUCACGUUGAAGCUGGGCGCGGCGCCGCUGGGGGAGGAGCUUUUUCCGUGUUGUCUGUGUGUGGGGAGGGAGCAGGAGGGCUUGUUGCGCGUGCAGGAGCCGCCGGUGGGCGUGGCGACGGUGGCGCUGGACUUGUCGCGCGGCUGGCGCGCGCACGAGCUGUGCGCGCGCGUCGUGCCGGAGACGUGGGUGGACGAGGUCGACGAGGGGCUGGGCUUCCGGGAGAAGGUGGUGUUUGGCGUGGAUGCGAUUGAGAAGGCGCGGUGGCAGCUGAAAUGCACGGCAUGCGUGAGGGCGCGGGCGAAGGCGCACGGGGCGCCGAUCCAGUGCACGAAGGGGAAGUGCUCGAAGGCGUUCCAUAUCUCGUGCGCGCGGGAGGGUGGGGAGGCGGGGAUAUCUUUCCGCGUGCUGGACGAGGUGGAGAAGCAGGUGGUGCUCGUGGACGCGUAUGCGGCGGGGGGAGGGGGUGCGAUGAAUGUAGAUGGGCAGGGGCAGCAGGGUGCGGACGAGGGCACGGUGAUCAAGACGAUCCGGAAGACGGAGGUGGAGGUGCUUUGUUCGCAGCAUAAUCCGACCGUCGCCGCGUCGAAGAAGGCCGCCAAGCAGGCGCGCAUCCGCGACCAGCUCCGCGCGCUCCCGCCCCUCUCGCGCAUCAAGCUGCGCGUGUCCUCGGGCGUCUUCGAGGUCACGCUCGUGCGCGUGCUCGAGGAGGCGUGCGCGGUGGAGGUGAUCUGGGACCGGGGGGCGAGGAGGGAGUUUAGGUGGGGGAGCGUGGUGUUUGGGGCGACGGAUAUGCCGGUGGAGCAGAAGCCGACGGAGCUGGUGGAGAAGGAGGUGGGGAGGGAGGGCGAGCCGGUGCAGGUGCAGCAGGCGUAUUUCGGGGCGUAUGGCGCGCAGCAUUAUAGCGGGCCGCCGUACGGUGCUCAGCCCUCCGCGCCAUCGCCCAGCGCGCAGUCAUACGUAGCGUCGGGCUCGCAGCCUUACGCGUCGACCUCGCAGCCGUACGCCCCAUCCACUUCACAAGGCUACGGCCAGCAACCCUACGGAGCCCAACCCUACGCCUCUCGCCCCUACCAAGCGCCUUACCACCAGACGUACUAUCAGGCGGCGGCGAGUCAACCCCCGUAUCAGCCCUAUGGAGCGCAAGGGAGCCAGUCGCAUUGUCAGGCGGCGGCGGGGCAGGUGCCGUAUGCGCCUGCAACGCCUGCGACGGCUGCGCCGGCAUACCAGGGGCAGGCCUCUGCACCGAGCUAUCAGGGACAGGCGCCUGCGCCUGCGUAUCAGGGGCAGCAAGCCCCUGCGCCUGCGUAUCAGGGGCAGCAAGCCCCUGCGCCUGCGCCUCCAGCUUCGACGGCGGCGUAUCAAGGACAAGCGACGGCGUACCAAGGACAAGCGACGGCAUACCAAGGACAAGCGACGGCAUACCAAGGGCAGGCAUCACCGCCGCCCGCCGCGAGCGGCGGCUUCUCGUACUUUGGGGCGGCGCCGACGGUGCAGCAGUAUGCGCCGUCCACGACAGGGACGCAGUGUGCGCCGUCGACGACGGGGACGCAGUGUGCGCCGUCGACGCCGGCGCCAUCUUCGACACAGCCCAGCGUGGCCGCUCAGCCUCAAGCGGGUCCAUCGCAGUCUCAAGCUGGUCCAUCGCAGUCUCAAGCUGGUCCCUCUCGUCCGCCCACGACGCAGCCCGUGCCAGCACCCUCCCAACCCGCUUCCGGUCCUUCGCGGCCUCCUACGACGCAACCUGCCGACCCGUCGCGCCCACCGACGACGCAGCCUCAGCCUGCACACUCGCAACCUCAGCCUCACCCUCAAGCAACGCACUCUCAGCCUCGAUUCACCUAUCAGCCGCCGCCGUUGAGCUAUGUCGUUUCGGGGGCGACGUACGGUCAACCAGGACCUGGUUCAUAUGCGCAGUCAGCUCCGGGCGGGUAUGCUGGUGCUCAGCCUGCAGGUGGGUAUGCGCAACCAGUUCCUGGUUUGUAUGCGCAGCCAGCUCCGGGCGGGUAUGCGCAGCCAGCUCCGGGCGGGUAUGCCGGCGCUCAGCCUGCGCCUUACGCGGGUGCUCAGCCUGCGCCCUACUCGGGUGCUCAGCCUGCGCCCUACUCGGGUGCUCAGCCCGCGCCUUACGCUGGGGCUCUACCCGCUCCCUCCUACCCUGCUGCCAAGCCUCAUUACCCUGCUCCUCCCGGCGGAUAUGCCCCUCCGCCUGGUUCUUAUGCAGGUGCCGCCCAACCUCCUGGUGCUUAUGCAGGUGCUGCUCAACCUCCACCGUACGCUCAACAACCCCCGCCGGGCGCGUACGGGAGUACGUGGCAGCACCAGCAGCAGCCGCAUUAUACGUACACGUCAAGCUCUCAUUACCGACCCGCGGACCGCACGCAGCUGCAGUGGCAAGAGCCCUAUCGGCCAGAGAGGGCGGGGUUGGCUGGGGAGAAGGGAGGUCUGACGAGUACGGCGCAGGUGGCGCCAACAAUGGCGAAAGGUGCGCAGUCGGCACCUGCAGCGUCGGUCGCUAGUGCAUCAGCAACAAGUACGACGACGGCGGCUGAGAACGGCAAGGGCGAGAAGGGAAUUCCUGGGCAAGGUCAAACGAACGGCGCAGAGGGAGCAAUGGCCGAGGCGGGGAGUGCGCAGAAGGCGUAGCACGUUGAGUUCGCUUGUUUUCCUUGUAUUCUUAUUUCUUUUGUAUCAUCAUCACCUGAAUUCAGACGUGGCCCAAUUUUGCUCCGAUGGUGGUACCGGCG